AUGGUGAAGAAAGGAGGAAUGAAGAGGAAGAUAGCGAUUAAGAAGAUCAUAAAGAAGAGCUCUCAAGGACCUAUAUGUGUCAAACGUCGUAACGGACUCUUCAGUAAAGCCGCUCAGCUUUGUCUCCUCUCCGGUGCACAAGUCGCUGUCUUAGCUACUCCUUCUUCAUCUGAAUCCAACGUCUCCUUCAACUCCUUCGGUCACUCCACCGUAGAUGGUGUUGUCUCUGCUUUUCUCUCGGGACAACGUCCUGUUCCCGUUCCUAAUCCUGAGGAUGACAAAGCGAUGAGGGAGGACGUUGGUAUCUGCUUGACUCGUAAGAACUUAGGGUUAGGUUUUUGGUGGAACAACGAGAGGCUUAUCAGAUCGGAGAAUCCGCGAGAGAUUAGUGACGCAAUUGAUUCCAUGUGGACGUUGUUGGGUAAUCUCAAGGAAUUGCGUGCGGAUGAAGCUUCUUUCGUUAAUGAUCAUGAGGACCUGAAGAAGAACAACGAGAAGAGCGGUUUUAUCUUAGAACGCGCAACUCAAGAGCCGGAUCAAACCCUAAAUCAUCUUCAAUCUAUUUGUACUACAUCUCCGAUCAUCCCUGAUGUUAUCGAUGAUCAGUCCACUUCUCCAGAUGAUGAUUCUCUCAUAGCAGUCUUCAUUGAUGAUCUACCUGCAGAUACAACUGAAGAACAAGAUCAGAUCUUCUCGCUUUGUGAAAGCUUCUGCAUUACGGACAACAACAACAACAACUCUAUUACUGAAGUAAACUUGGAUUUCGAUCAAGAGCUGGGUAUUGAUCAACUCAUUGAUUACGAUACUAAUUUUGAAAGCUCCCUCGAUGAAUGGUACACUCAUCAGGAAAUUGUUUUGAACCUCGAUCAGUGUUUUCCAUAUAUCGAUCAGCUAAAUUGA